CUGUGUGAUCCUCAGUGUUCCUGCCUCCUGCUGCUCUGUUAGUCCAGCUCACUGGAAGGUGUCAGAAGGCUGCUGCUAGCUAAACUACACAUAACUACUCCGAAGCUGAAAGUGAGGCAGCGAUGAACCGACCAGGUUUUGGUGGGGUUUCAACCUCCAUGAACUUCUCCACAAGGGUAACAGAAAAUGGCUGCUCGCCCUCAGACCUGACAGAGGAGGACAUAGAUAAUCUAAAGUUUGAACUUGCAAAGAUAGAGGAUGAAAUUCAGACCUUGCGGCAGGUGCUUUUGGUCAGAGAAAAAUAUGCAGCAGACAUCAGGAGGCAGCUGGGUAUGGGUCCUCUUAGUAACAUCAAACAGAACCUGGCCAAAGGCUGGCAAGACGUCCAGACAUCAGCUCCAUAUCUCACAGCCUCUGCCACUCUGGAGGACAUCAGCCACUCCAACGCGUAUAUAAGGACACGGGAGACUCUCUCUCAUGCGGGCCAGGUGACAUCGACUGCACUGUCCACUAUGGGCGUGACCCUCACCAGGAGACUGGCAGAGAUGAGAGCUCUGCCUCUUCCCAGCCCACCACGCACCCUGAGCCACACCAUGAGUGUGCCAAGUAUGAGACAUUCUUCUACAUUCAAGUCUUUUGAGGAAAUGGUCAGCAGUGUGAAGGACAAGGUGAGUGGCGGUCUGACAAAUAAUGGAGACACCUCUGGCUUUGAACGAAGAUCCUCGCGCUCAUGAAACGGACCCGUCUAACAUGUCACAAAUUAUUUUUCAUACCUUGUAAAGUUAUGAAAUAAUGUAUGUAAUGAUAUUCUGCUCCUCUGUCUGUGUGAAUUUGUCCACUGUUAUUUAUUGUGUUAACACCACAUGUCAAAUAGAAUGUAUUACGUCUGCAAAACUAUUUAAACUUCACUGUAAAAAUAGUCUUUUACUUUGUGAAUCUUGUAUUUCUGCAACUGGAUAAAUGUAGUUUAACAGUCAUUUAUUUUGACAUGACUGCUGUAAACCUGAACUCUACUUGGAAUAUGCAUUCAUUGACAUUAAUUGUGACAUUUACAGAACUGAAUAUCACAAACAUGAAGUAUUUUUGUACUUUAACAUUUUUCAAUUAAAGUCAAUUGGA